AUGGCGCCGGAAAACGCCCGACCCAGAGGCAGACCUGCCCAUACACCGGGAACGACCGUUUUAUCAUACACUCCCAACGGACACAAAGUUGUCACAGGCGGUUCGAACUCCACAAUCCGAAUAUAUACGAUUGGGGAAGAUGGCGAGCCAAAGACGGUUGACGAGGGUGUGGAGGGUCACUUGGCAAUUGCCGCCCUGAAUGAUUCGUUUAUAAUGGGGGCAGAAGAUGGAACGGUUUGGCAGUAUGGACUGCCAGAUGGCCAAAUGGAUAAAAUGCUUGUCAGAUGUUCGUUGCCCGUGCGAGAUUUAGCCAUUUCGAAAGAUGGGGACUGGUUAGCGGUUGCCAGUGACGAGCUUGCCAUCAAGAUCGUCAACAUAGAGGAUAUGACACAAGUUAAGUAUUUACGAGAUCAGACAAAAGGUGUCAAACAUGUUACCUUCGACCCAAGCGGGAGAUAUGUCACAGUUUCUUGUUCCGAUGGAAUCAUCUACGUUUAUUCCUUCACAGAAACGGAGCCUUCGCUCAUACAGAAGAUCGACGGUGUUAUCCGAAGACUUGAGAAUGAGGACGAGGGUACAUCACAAGCCGUAUGGCAUCCCGAUGGAACGGCCUUCGCAGCUGUAGAGGCCACAAAGGAUAUCGUCGUGGUAUCUAGCAGAGACUGGACAAAGCAGAAAAGAUUUUCCAACGGGCAUACCGCAGAUAUUACGGCUCUCGCGUGGUCACCGAAUGGUGCACUCUUAGCAAGUGCAGGUGCAGACCGCCAGAUUGUGCUCUGGGAAACCCGAACCCAAAGUAUUCUUCGAAAAUACGACUUCGCGAAUGUAAUCAACCUUGCAUGGCACCCGGUUAACAACGAAGUCUCAUUUACGACCUCAGAUGGAGAGCUGUAUAUUCAUGAAGCUUUUGUCCCCUCAGAACAUCAGCGAUUACUUGAGAAAGCGUUGGAAAUUGCGCCUUUACUUUCCACCGGAGUCGAUAUUGGCAAUGAGCUUCCGAGUCGAACCAUUGCGAAUGGGGCUCGCAGGGAGAGGCAAGUUAGGAGAGGUACUCCUGAUUCUCUAGAUGAUAUAUUAGGACCCAUGGACGAAGACGACGAUUUCGUGGAGGAUGAUGAUGGCGCAGGUUAUGCUGAAGAUGUCAAUGGUUUUGGGAAGCGUAGCAAUGGUCAUCUGGGUGAUCCGUAUGGCCACGAUAAUAAGAGAAGAAUCGGAACAUCAUGGCAGCCGCAAGCACACGAGGCAUUUCAGCCUGGGAGCACGCCCUGGAGGGGCGGUAGAAGAUACCUAUGUCUGAACCUUGUAGGAUUUGUGUGGAGUGUUGACCAAGAAACCCACAACACUGUCACUGUGGAGUUCUAUGAUAGGGAGCGAUAUCGUGACUUCCACUUUACAGACCCAUUCCUGUAUGACAAGGCCUGCUUGAACGAGAAAGGAACCCUGUUCUCUUGCCAACCUUCAAAUGGAAAUCCCGCAAUCAUCUUCUAUCGCCCACAUGAGAUGUGGACGACCAGGGCCGAUUGGAAAACAGAGCUCCCCGAAGGAGAGGAAAUCACAGCAAUUGCAUUGAGCAAUUCCUAUAUUGCUGUAAGCACGUCAACAGACUAUGUUCGGAUCUAUACGUUAUUCGGUACUCCCUAUCGCGUCUACAGACAAAAAAGCCAAACUGUCACCUGUGCUGCUUGGAAAGAUUAUGUGCUGACUAUCGGAAACGGCCCAAUUGGCGGUGAUGGAAUCACAAAAUUAACAUACUCAAUAGAGAAUGUCAAAAAGGACCAAAUCUGCCAGAAUGAAGAUACUGUUUCCCUUGUACAAGGUACAGAACUUCGCAGUGUUUUCUUUUCAGAUAAGGGGGAUCCAUGUAUUUACGACUCAUCCGGGGUACUCUUGGUCCUGCAGCACUGGCGCAACCCUGGCCAAGCUAGAUGGGUGCCUCUCCUAGAUACAAAGCAGCUUGAUCGUGUCGCCUCUGGUAAGAAGCAAGAAACUUACUGGCCUGUCGCUGUGGCGGACGAUGUUUUCCACUGUAUCAUUUUGAAAGGAGGGGACAGAUAUCCAUACUUCCCGCGACCUCUACUCACACAGUUCGAAUUUGAGAUACCGAUAUCGUCGACCCGUAAAAGGCCAACAGGUGACGAUGAUGGCGACACCGAUAUGGAUGGAACAACCGCCAAAGAUGCCAAUCGCAAGCUUCAAGAGUCUUUUGUCAGAGCCAAUCUCGAAUCUAGCCUUUUGGAAGACUGUGUCGAAGCUGGAGAAGGUACUUCAGCGCAGGCUACAGAACAGCGGAGGAAGGAUGUGGAAAUUGACAAGCUCAUCUUGCAAAUGCUGGCGGUUGAAUGCCGGGAAGGGGAAGAGAGGGGUAUGAAAGCAUAUGAGCUUGUCACUUUGCUGCGAGACCGGACUGGGAAGAUUCUGGAGGCAGCUAGCAAAGUUGCUCAAAGAUAUGAACGGUUUGUCCUGGAUGAAAGGAUCAGGAAGCUCGCGGAGAACCGGCUUCUGGGCGAGGAUGACGGGAAUGACGACGAUGAUGACUUUGCAUGA